CCGUGACGUCACGAGACCAGAAAUUUUUCCCGGGGGCGCGCGGCGGUACCGGUCCGGCCCCGGGAGGGGAAAGGCAGUGAAACCCCGCGCUCAGGGGCCGGGGGCAGCGGGGGCGAUGCCGAAGCGGUGCUGCCCCUUUGGGGAUGCGACCCCGCUGCAACUCAAGGUUAGGGUCGGCCCGAAGGAGCUGAGCCGAGGCGUUUUUGGAGAGCGAUACACGCGGGAGAUCUUUGAGAAAACCAAGCAGCUCUUGUUCCGGGGAGCCCAAGCCUACAUGGACCACAUGUGGGAUGAGAGCUGUGCCAUGGACCACCUGCCAGAGCCAGGAAAGCAUGGUCACGAAGCCCCUAGGACAAUGUGUACUCUGAGUGGACAGAUGCUGAUAGGGCAGGAUGGGAAACUGCUCAGGAGGUGUGCACAGGCCACACUUGAUACAGACUCAUCAGAGGGAAUGUCCAAAACCUGCUCUUCUUGUGUGAGGACUGUCUGCGGGAAAGAGACCUGUAGCCAGUGUGACCGCUUCCUCUGUCAGAGCUGCAUCAAAAUCUGCUAUGGCUGUAACACUGCAGUCUGCUCACUGUGUGCUAUUGUUAAUUACAGUGACAUUGGUGAGAGUGCACUCUGCAGUGGCUGCUCCAUGUUUGAAACCUGAUGUUCAGUUAGAAAGAACUACUUCUCCUGUCUGGGAGGCUUGUACACCUUGGUCAUCUCCAUCUGCACAACUAGCACUGGUGUGUAGGUGGAAGAACUACAGGAUUUCUAGUAUUUUUGGUUUUUAUGUUUUAUAUUUUGUACUCUAAAUAGUGUAAGUAACAGAAUUGAAUAAAUUUUUUUUAUAUUUGAAUGAC